AUGGCUAUAGCAUUCAACUUGCCGAGCGAGAGAGAGGCAGCAGAGGAGAACUUUUCACGUUUGAACCGGCUCCUUGCCGAGUUGUACGAGGUUUUAUGCCACAUCUUGGUUUCACGGCAACCUGGCCAAGAAGUUCAGGAGAGCCGGCGAGGUGAGUGCCCUCGAGAGCCCUAUAUACCACCUUACCACUUAAGAUGCAAUUCGACCUACAUCGUGAAUUUGGUUAUGGUAGUCGCCAUCCUAAAAGUGUCUCUCGCCUCGUCCCUCUUCAAUGCGGUCAGA